CUCCAGUGGGCGGGGUAGAGCGGCCGGCCCCGCGGGUCCAGCUGCUCUCACUUGACAGCGGCCACUUCGGAGCGGACUGGCCGGCCUUCCUCAGGGAUCCCGCGUCCAGCGCCUGCCCCUCCUGAGCAUUCCGGCGCUGCUGGCUCCAAGGACCCGGGCUCCCCAGUGACAUCCACCCGGAGACUUCCGGUCCCCGCUCGCAGUACCACGCUGAGCCGUUUUGGAACCUGACGACAAAGGGAAAACUGACUCUGUGACUUAAGUUAGCCAGAUACUGAAGGAUAUUGUUGGUAACUGGGCCAGACAUGCAAAGACGAAGAUGAGAAGAGCCCCUGGUCAGGGUAAAGCUGGACAGUUAGAUUCCUGGAGCCAAUGCCUGAAAGAAGUUUCCAGACUCUGGUUUUCAAGAAAAGACCCGUAUUAUCGACCCUAAACACUUUAAUUAACUGAAUCCCAAAGCUUUCUGAUUGAUUGAUUAUGAGAUUGAGACGUAUAUAAUUUUUAUGGCUUAGGACUUUUUACGUUGAACCCACAAAACAGAUAUUCUGUGUGGUAAGAUGACAACUAUUUCCUAUCUCAAUAUCAGAGUCCACAGUUCUAUAUAGUGUGGCAGUAGUGGACUUUAAUUGCUUUUUCCUUAGAAUCACCAGCACUUGUAUCCAAAGAUCAAACACCACGAAACUGUGGACUCUAUGCCUUGUAACACAAGGGCAAAGCAAAACAAAAGAAUGGAAAAGCACUCAGCUAGUUGGUCUCGCCUGAGGAUCUAGAUGAGAAUUGAGAUGCUGACACCGAGUAUGUUGGAUUUAAAGAGCUCUCUGUAUCAUUUGUUGUUGAUUUGCUGGUGCUGGAAACCAUGGCACGGUCCCCUGUAACCAGCAUCAGUUGAAAGUGUGUUCUAUUGUCUUAAACAGGAAGUUCUUCAGACAGUCAUCAUGGGCAUCCGAGGGCUAAUGAGUUUUGUGGAAGAUCAUAGUAAUGAGUUCUUCACUGAUUUGAAGUUGCGAGACACAAAGAUGAUCAUUGAUGGCUAUGCCCUCUUCCACCGGCUCUGCUUCAACUCAAACUUGGAGCUCCGGUAUGGAGGGGACUAUGAUGCUUUUGCAGAUGUUGUACAACAAUUCUUCGAAUCACUGUUUUCUUGUAAUAUAUGUCCAUAUGUUGUAUUAGAUGGAGGAUGUGACAUUUCAGAUAAAAAGCUUACAACUUUGAAGGCUCGAGCUCGAGAGAAGAUCCAGGCGGCCCAUUCCCUUUCUGUUGGUGGGUGUGGGUAUGUGUGUCCCCUACUCAUCCGGGAAGUGUUCAUACAAGUUUUGAUCAAGCUGCGGGUACAUUUUGUCCAGUGCUUUUCAGAAGCGGACCGGGACAUUAUGACGCUGGCUAAUCAUUGGAAUUGCCCUGUGUUAUCGUCGGAUAGUGACUUUUGCAUUUUUGACCUGAAAACUGGGUUUUGCCCAUUGAAUAGCUUUCAGUGGAGAAACGUGAACACUAUCAAGGGCACACAGAGCCAUUAUAUCCCCGCCAAAUGCUUUUCUCUCGAUGCACUCUGCCACCACUUCAGCAAUAUGAAUAAAGCUCUCCUACCUCUCUUUGCGGUGCUAUGUGGAAACGACCACAUUAACCUGCCCAUCAUGGACACGUUCUUAAGUAAAGUUCGUCUUCCUCUGGGAGCUGCCAGUGCUAAGGGGAGGAGACACCACCGAGUUCUGGGGCUUCUGAGUUGGUUGUCUCGUUUUGCUGACCCCCCCGAAGCUCUAGAUAAUGUUCUGAAAUAUCUCCCACAGAAGGAUCGAGAAGAUGUUAAGGAACUUCUCUGUUGUGCCAUGGAAGAAUACCAGCCGUCCCAGGUGAAGCUGCAGGACUUCUUCCAGCGUGGCACUUACGUCUGUCCGGAGGCCUUGAGCCUGGGUUUGCCAGAAUGGGUCCUAGUGGCUUUGGCCAAAGGUCGGCUAUCUCCUUUCAUCAGCGAUGCUUUGGUGCUAAGACGGACCAUUCUUCACACACAAGUGGAAAACAUGCAGCAACCAAAUGCCCACAGAAUAUCUCUGCCCAUCCGGCAAGUCAUCUAUGGGCUUCUUUUGACUGUUUCUGCACCUCUGGGAAGUGUGUCCUUGAAUGCAUCGCCUCCUCGGUCUCUCGCUUUCAGCGAAGUGGAAAGGAUUAAUAAAAGCAUCAAAACAUCGGUUGUUGAUGCAGUAGACCUGCCCAAGGAUCAUCCUGACUUAAGCAGAUUGACUGAGCUCUCCUCAGCUAGACAGCAGACACUUCUUUUAGAAACGUUAAAGGUGAAACAGACCAUCCUGGACCCAAUCCCUACUUCUUUGAAGUUGCCCAUUGCUGUCUGUUGCUACUGGUUGCAGCACAUGGAGGCCAAGGCAAAACUACAUCAUCUACAAGCCUUGCUGCUGGGGAUGCUGCUGGGGCCCUUGCAUGCCAUAAUCAACAGUCCUGAUAAAGAAGAUCUGCGGAAGGAUGGUGCUAAGAUGUUGUAUGAAGAGUUCCAAAGAGUGAAGGAGCAGACGCGGCCGGGCCCGAGACUGGAUUUAGACACAGCUCACAUCUUCUGUCAGUGGCAGAGCUGUCUGCUGAUGGGGCUGUAUCUUAAUCAGCUGCUGUUCACGCCUCUCCCAGAGCCAGACCUAACUCGAUUGUAUAGUGGAAGCCUGGUGCAUGGACUCUGCCGACAACUAACAUCAACCUCUGUAGAAAGUCUUCUGAGCACGUGUCCUGAGGCCACGCAACUUUAUGAACACCUAUUCAAUGCCACAAGGUCAUAUGCCCCUCCUGAAUUAUUCCUACCAAAGGGUAAAUCAAAUUCUAAAAAGAAAAGGCGAAAGAAACAAGGUGCCAGCCGGUCAAAGAACAGUGUGGGAACCCUCUCAGACAACAGAUGCUGGUAUGAGAGGAGCAAUCGGUUUGGGCUAUUAAUGGUUGAAAACAUGGAGGAACAUACUGAGGCCUCAGAGUUUGAAUAA